GUCCCCAGGUUCAACAGGCGUUUGGAGUAAAGUUUGAUUCAGUGAUAAGCCUUGAUAAGUGACAGAGUAGUUGAAGCAGUUCAGUUCGUCAAAAAUUAAAUAUGAUUAGGAUUGAUUUAAAGGUGGUGUUACUAGGCCCAGCGAAAGUUGGGAAAACGAGCUUGGCGCAACGUUUCGUCAAUGAGAAAUUCAACGAGCACAUGUCCUAUCAAAAUACAAUUGGAGUUGCAUUUACAUCCAAACAAAUACAAAUUAAUAAUGAUCAAUCGAUAGUCAUGGGACUAUGGGAUACGGCUGGUAGUGAAAGGUAUAAAGCAACAUCUAAGAUAUAUUAUCGUGGAGCUAGUGCGGCAGUAAUUUGCUACGACGUUAUAGAUCGAGAUUCGUUUCACGACGCUAAAUCCUGGAUACAAGAGCUUAGAAGUGUCGAAGAAGAUUGCAAAAUUUACUUGUGCGCAACGAAAGCAGAUCUCCUGGAGAUUGGUCACGAAGCAUCGCCUUCUUUAGACAUGGUUAAGAGAUAUGCAGCUAGCGUACAGUUCAAGUUCUUUUUGACAUCGAGUAAAACUGGUUUCAACGUCGCUGAACUGUUUCAAGAAAUCGCACAGGACUAUAUGUUAAAUCCAAAAAGAAUCGUACAGCCAGCGGAAGAUUUGAUCACCUUAAAUGUCCAUACAAAACGAUCCCGUUGUUGCCGCUCGUGAUAAGUCAAGAGUUGUGUAAUAUAAACGUUUUAUCUACCAGAUGUACACAUCUGUCACAUGUCCGUAAUGACUAAAAACUUUUAUUUCCUAGUAACCUUUCGAUGCGAACGUUGAUGCUUAUUGUUACCAUUUUUAUAUCGUAACAGUAUUAUAAAAUAGCUUAUUUGUUGUGUUCUAUCAGUGGUUGAAAUCGGUUUACAUGGAAUUAGAAAUUACAUCCCAGUGAUCCUAUAUUUUGAGAUAAAAGUGACUUUCAUAGGAAUUGCAGAAUUGAUCUUAAUUUUAAUUUCUUUUCUUUCUUUUCCGGUCAAAUUUCUUCUUACUUCGUACGAGAAGAAACGUUAAAUGUUUAUACACUGAUCUCAUCUUACAUGAUCAUUUUUAAUGGACCAUUGAUCAAUGCAGGACAUUUGUUAAUGCAAACUGUAUCCGAUGUUAAGACUACUCACUACUUUAUACAUAUCGAAAUGUCUAGUUAAAUGAGACAUCUCUUGCGGUCUAUACGUGACGUAGCAAUUUAAUUGAUACGUGUGAAUAAUUCCUUGUACACUCGGAUGUAUGCGAAUGGAUGAAGAUUAGAUAACAAUAUAAGAUAAGACAACAGUUAAAGAUAAAUGAAUAUUACUCAUAUAAGUGUAAGUCUUGAAUGGAUGAACUAAGCUUGGAUACUUGCGCCAUAUAGUAGUAACUAAGUAAAGCUCUAUUGUCUUUAAAGAAUUACUCCUGAUAUCUACAGUAACGAUGCGAUGGAAUUGUAUGAAUAGUUAUUGUAUAUCGAACAUGAAAGAGAAUAUUUUAUUAAAAUUGUACAUCGCAUAAGUCGGAAAUAAUAUUUAACAUAAGCGAAAGAAACCAUUAUAUUUUUUAUUAUAAUUAUUCGCGCACGAUAUGUAACAAGACUUACGGCUUAAAGUGAUGAUAUGGGAUCUCGAAUUUUCGUUUGAUUAUCAAUGACGUCAUCUAGUCGUUUAAUGACACGUCGAAAUUGUAAUCCGUACUAAAACGUCGUUGUACAGCAAUACCUAAUAUAUGGUUUGUUUCGGAUCUCAAUGUAAUUGCAUAUCAUAAUAGCUGCUGUUAAUUUACUCAUACAUGUUAAUUCUUUUUAUUUUAUCAAAUAAAGUUAAUCUUAAUAAA